GUGGCCACGCCGCUGCUCCGCCCCCGGGGAGGGCGGUAGGCACAGCCCAUAGAGGGGGCAUCGGCUCCGCAUCUCCCCCACUCAGCCAACAGACGGUGCGGAGCUGGUCGGCCGCGGCUGCUCGGGGGAAGAAGCAUGAGCAAGAUGAACUGCAUCCUGUUAACAGCCUGCCUGGCUCUGGUUGCUUUCUGUAGCUCUGGUUCUGCCCUAAGGUGUUACCACUGCGAGAACAGCCCUGCCUUGUGCAAGACCAACAGCACUUGCUUACCCACUGAAGACACCUGCUUGCAGAUGAAAUUUGGUAAAUUGAGAACCUCCUCCUGCUGGAAGACAUCCCAGUGCCGCAUGAACGAUAUCGCUGAGUUCUUCCAGCUGGAUAACUUUGACUUCUUCUGCUGCCAGCACGACUUGUGCAACGGGGGUGCAAUGCCUGGGCUUGACAAAGCAGCCUUCAGCAUUGCCUCUGUGGUGACCAUGUUGUGGCUGCUUCUGUAGUGGUCCUGGUUUGUGUGCCCUGCUUCCCAGCUGACAUCACCCCAAAAGCAUUCACUCCACUCUGAGCUGCCCUUCUCACACUCUCCAUUCCUGACCGUGGGCAGAAACGUUGCCUUUCACUUUGAAUUCUGUUUCCCUCUGCUCAGUUGCUGUGUCCAUGGGUGGGAAGGGUAAUUAUUUUUGGUAGGGAUUUCUGUCACUUUGGGUGGGUUUUUAUGACUGCUCCCUUGUCAGACCCCAGAGAGUGGAUUGGAGAAGUGUUGGAUCAUGACUCUCAAACUCGCUGCAGGCCUUCGUGAUGAGUAUGGAUGCAAUCAGUUCCAAGUGAUGUAGAGUUUUUGUUCCCAUCACUGUGACAGCUCUUCUCCAUGUUACAAGCCAAGGAUGUGACCUUGCCAGCACUGUUAUUUUUGGGAGGAAGCAGCUACAUUGCUUAACCCCAAACUGAAAUGUUGCUUUAAGUGAGAAGCCCUUUUUCUCUUGGUUGUGUCUGUCUGUGAGCAUGCAGGCAACACCUGCUGGCUUUCCUUUCCCCCCUGGCUAGGACUUUCAGGAAGCAUGUGCUUUGCACUGAGCAUUUAGUGGCAAGCUGGGAACUGUCUAUGAGUUGCUGAGGAAUUGCACUGGCACAUCCAGAUUAUUUUUCCUCGUGGGUAGCUGUUGGGUUGUGUUGGAAACUGUGACAUGGAAACUGAACCCCUCAAGCUUUCACCCAAGAGUAUGAAGCCAAACCUUGCAGAUCUUUGUGUUCUGACUUUCAUGCAACUCUGUAAAUGCCAGCACAAAAAUCUCUGUGUUUGUACAGCAUGGAUACAAACCUGCUCAGUCUGUGUGCUCAAGGGCUCUGGAGCUGAACCAUUCUGUACAUUGCUCUGCUUUAGUGCUGGGGACAGACCUUUGAUACUCUGCC